GCCCCUUGGUGUCUUUUAUCCACCGAAUGUAGAUUCUAUGUCACUGUCUGUGACAUUGCUGCAUUGUGAGGCAAAUACCUUUAAUCCUCAUAAACCCUGCCCGGUUAUACCCCUGACCCACCUAAAGUCUGGCUAUUUUGAUGAAUUCCUUGAUACUUUUCAGGCUUGUGAUUAUGUGUUUAGUAGUUGCCCUUUUUAAAAACAUAUAUUGUAUUGUUUUACAUGGUUUGUGUUCUACAUGGUGCUAAUUUUAUACAACACUCCAGGCUGUGGAAAAACCGUUGAGAUCAGUGAACGCAUUGUGGGAGGGCAGGAUGCAAAGAAGGGCAAGUAUCCCUGGCAGGUGUUGUUGUGGUGCCCUGGUGUAUACCGCUGCGGUGGGUCUCUUGUCAGUAACAAGUGGGUCGUAUCAGCUGCUCAUUGCUUAACAAGGUCAGUGUUUGUUAGGACAUACAGUUCCAUCCCCAAAUCCCUCAUUGGGUCCCUUUAUAUCUCCCUACCAACCCAUUUCCUCGUUUUUAGGUCAAAUGCUUCCUGCAUUAUUGUUAUUCUGGGAGCCAACACAAUAAGUGGAAAUGAAAAUGAGGAAAUGACUGUCUCAGUGAAAAACAUCUUUAUACACCCUAAUUACAGUGACUUGGAUUACAGUGCUGACAUAGCCCUUGUGGAGCUUACCCAGAACGUGUCCUACACAAGCUACAUCAUCCCUGUUUGUCUCCCUACAGCUUCCGCUGUAUUUUCUCCUGGACAGAGCUGUUGGGUGACCGGCUGGGGAAUUACUGAAUUUAAUACUUCCAAGUCAAGUCCAAAUACCCUGCAAGAAAUACAGAUGCGAAUCAUAAACGCAGAGCAAUGUAGGAACUAUUAUAACCCAAAUAAAACCAAGAUUUACAUUACAGACCAGAUGAUAUGCGCAAAGGACAUCAAUGGUGGGAAAGACUCCUGUCAGGGUGACAGUGGAGGGCCCCUUGUUUGUUCUUAUGAAGGAAGCUUUUAUUUGGUUGGAGUGGUGAGCUUUGGAAUUGGAUGUGGAAACAUGCCCUACCCCGGGGUCUAUACAUAUGUGCCUGCCUUUAGGGACUGGAUUGGGAAAUAUGUCCCUAGUGUCUAUAGUGUCUCUAGUGGCUCAACAAAAAUAGGAUUAAUAUCUGGAUUGACACUCAAGGCCUUGAGCUUGAUGUCCUUCAUCCAUUCUCUCUGCUGGGUGAUACUAGGAGAUCUUUGGUUAGUCCUGAUCAUUAGCAUCGCUACUUGGAUGAGGUGUUGAGGACGAGAGUUGUUUGUUUGAAAGUUACACCACUCUGGAUCUUAAAUCAUGGAGAAAGAAUUUAGGAUUGUUCUUCUAGAGUCUUUCUUAAUGUGCACAAUGCUUCUGGGAUCUUGCAGACAAGAGGCUUCUGCCCUCUCCCAUUAACAAUAGAAAUAGGACUUUUUUUCAUUAAGCAAUUAAAAUGCCCCCCCUUACACAAAACAGGGAUUGUUUGUCCAUAUAUUGUAAUAAAGCUGGCAAGUUACGUCACAGUCAUCCCUGGUCUGACCAGUCCUACACAUUUCAGUGUGUGAUCUUUAGUGAUGUUAAUGGGUAGCAUUGCUGUCUUCUACCAAUAGAGUCCUGCAUUCAUUAUCACUACAUGCAAGGAGGUUGUAUGUUCUCUCUAAUUGUUUUGGUUAUCUCCAAAAACAUACAAGCAGGUUAAUGGGUUCUUGGCCACAGUGUGAAAGGGAUCUUAUUUUGUAAACACCACUAGGAGAGAAAAUGAUGUAUAAGAUAAAGAACUCUGGCAUAUGGUGGUGCCAAAUAAAUGCUAUAUAAUGUAAAAUCUAGACACACAAAUGUAAUUGAUGUGAAAUCAAUAAAUCAAUCCAGAUUAGUGAUGUGCGGUUCGGGUAAAACCCAACCCAAACCCAACCCUAAUCCGCCCUCCCUCGACCCGCCCCCAUCCGACUUCCGGCUUCCAUUUUUAGACCUGUGCCGACCCACCCUGCCGAUGAUGUCACAAAAGGGGCGGGCGAGCAGGCGCACGUUUUAAAAAAAAUGAAGCCGGAAGUCGGAAGCCAGCAGUUCAAGGUGGCAGGCAGGGGGGGGGGAGUGUGGUGUCAGCCCGAACAUCACUAAUCCAGGUGGCUAAAUGCUCCAUUUCAAGUUCUAUUAAGUUAAAGCCAUUUUAAUGUAUUGUACAGUAUGUUUCCAAUAAAAAUGUGAAAAUACUUUAUGUAUCA